AUGCCUGCGGUUCUACGAAACGGACGCUCCAUCCUCCAAGAAGGAAAGAACGAGGAUUCACAGCAGGCUAUACACACCCCAAUGACUGUUUCGAGACAAAGGCCGUCAACGUACCUCCUCCUCAUCUAUCCCGUCAUCCUCGCCUUGGGAUCUCUCUAUUCUGUCCUGUCUCCCGCCGCCAUACCGCCGCCUUCCACACCCCUUGCUCCAGGAGUUGCCUCAGAUCUCCACACCCCUUCCACACCACCUAAUUAUUUCGCGGGCAAACGAAACAUACUCAAUCUCUACUUUGUAAAGAUCGGCUGGUUCUGGACAACGUUGGCCUUUGUGCUUCUGCAAAUCACUACUGGUCCACCACCGUCCAACACGCAGAAGCACUUUCUUCAAGCAACUCUUCGCUAUGCCCUCGUCACCCUCUCUUGGAUUCUAACUACACAGUGGUUCUUCGGCCCUGCUCUCAUAGACCGAAGUUUCACCAUCACUGGUGGCCAGUGCGAACCUCACCUCGUCAACACGAGUAGCCCAAAGGAUGCCGUCGACGUGUCCCUCAUCGACUCCAGCCUUGCAUGUAAGGCGGCAGGCGGAAAUUGGCGUGGUGGCCACGACAUCUCCGGACAUGUCUUCAUGCUUGUGCUCUCGUCCGCCUUCCUUCUCUACGAACUCUACAUCGCAGACCGACACUCCUCUCACCCAUCCGUAUCCCCACAGGCCGCAGCGGCACUGGCUCACGACAUGACAGAAGAAGAACGCAAGGCCGUGGGAGGUUGGGAAUCAGAAACAGUGGCCCGAGUCCGUAUCUGGUCGCGAUAUUUCUUGUAUAUCGUGGUCGUGCUCGACCUCUGGAUGCUUAUGAUGACGGCAAUUUGGUUCCACACAUGGUUAGAAAAGCUAAGCGGGCUGUCGAUUGCGAUAGGGACCAUCUUCGGUGUUUUCUUCCUCGGAGAUUACGUACCCACGUGGAGGGCUGUUUUCGGCGGAUUAUAA